AUGUCUGAAGCUUUACCCUUACUAGAAACUGAUCGAAAUAUGCUUAUCAAUGCAUCUAGAUACCUAUUGUAUAGUCAUAACUCAGCUGUGGUUAUGGCAGCUAGUCAACUGUUAUUUUAUUUGAAGUGUAAGGAUGACUAUCCAUCAGUUGUUCGAGCGCUUAUUCGAACUUUGAAUUGUAAUCGAGAAGUUCAAUAUAUUGUUUUAAGUAAUAUAGCAAGUUUAACAAUUGACCAUCGUCAUCUCUUUGAACCAUAUCUUCUGAAGUUAUUAAAAUUGGAAAUUCUUAGCUCAUUAAUAAGUGAGACAUCAAGUUCUAUUAUUCUACGUGAAUUUCAGCAUUAUGUGAACAGUUAUGAUGAAGAGUUUGUUACAGCAACAAUUCAAGCAAUUGGACGAUGUGCUAGUACUGUCCCACAAAUAUCAGAUGUCUGUUUAGGUGGUCUGCUUCGAUUAAUGUCACGACCAAAAGAGAAAAUUAUGGCAGAGUGUGUAGUUGUGCUUAGAAAAUUACUACAAAUGCAAACAACUGAUCACAAAGAAAUUAUUAUGCAUAUUGCUCAGUUAGCGGAUACAAUAACAAUUCCAACAGCUGUAGCAUCAAUUCUUUGGCUUCUAGGAGAAUUUAGUCAUCGUGUUCCAAAAAUUGCUCCUGAUAUCCUACGUAAAAUGGUUAAAUCAUUUUCACAACAAGAACCAGUUGUUAAAUAUCAGAUAAUUAAUUUAGCAGCGAAAUUGUGUAUUGUUAAUCCACGUCAAACGCUGAUUCUAGCUCAGUAUGUUUUUAAUUUGGCUAAAUAUGAUACAAAUUAUGAUAUACGUGAUAAAGCUCGUUUUCUAAGAGGAUUAUUAUUCCCACAAAUAACAACAAAUCCAAAUUUAAAUGGAGAUAAUGUAUCACAUGGUAGUCAUAAGACUCCAAUGAAGUUGAAUAGUACAUUUCUAUCGAAACAUGCACGUAAAAUCUGUUUGGCCAGUAAACCAGCACCAAUAAUCAAGUCACAAUUUGACGAUAGAUCCAAUUUUCGUCUAGGUACAUUAUCGCAUAUACUACAUCGUCGUAUAUCAGGUUAUCGAGAUUUAUCCGAUUGGCCAAUUAUCCCACCAGAUCCAUGGUCUCGUGUUAUUGUCACUUCAACUGCAUCUAAGCUAAAUGAUAAUGAGUCUUUGAAUACAAAUUCACCGAAAUCCAAUAAAAUGUAUCAUAACAAAAGUAUAUUUAAUGAUGAAAAUCAGCUACGACAACAACAUAAAAAGACUGAUCGUUUUGGAAAUGUUGCAUUGAAUGAUUUUUUCUCUGAAACAGAAGAUGAAGAAGACGAUGAAGAGAAUGAUGAUGAAUUAGUUGAUGAAGAUCAAGAAAAAAGUGGAAAAGUGAAAGAUACUUUAUCAUCAUUCUAUACUGAUCAUGAUACUUCGAAUGAAGAAUUUACUAGUGAUGAAAAUAAUGAACAAAAUAAUAUCGAUGAUAAUGAAGAUGAUGAAUUUGAUUCCGAUCUUGAUAUUCAAUAUUUACUUCAAUCAAAACAAUCUACAGAAGUGAUAAUUUCAAAAGAUAUUCAAUCCUCAUCAUCAUUAUUAUUAUUACCAAGUAAUAGUUUGAUUGGCAAUCAAAGUGAUUCUAUCCCAUAUAAUAAUGAUACUUUGAAUACUAGGAAUAAUAUUUCUGUCUCAGAAAAAUUACAAAUUUCAAUGAAAGAAAAUUUAAUUAGUUGGUUAAAUACUCAAUCUUCAUCAGCUAGUGAAUAUGAUGAUGAUGAUGAUGAUGAUGAAUCGAUCGAAUAUUCGAAUGAUAUCGAAGGUAAAAUACUCCAUGAAGAUAACGAGAAGUCACCGGGUUCAGUUCCUCGUGUUGGUCAUUCAACAGAUACGCUCGUCAGUGUGUCACAUUCUGAGGGCUGUUUUGAAAUCCCUGGCGCAAAAACUGAUGUUGUCUCACCGUCUAGUGUUCUUAAUCUACCAAAGGAUUCAACUAAUGAGUGUGUUGAUUAUCCCAUUCAGAUUAUUCAUAGUCCAUUACUGUGGUAUAAUCUAACUAAUCCUAAUGUAAAUGAUUUAACUGGUCAAUUACAAUAUACUCGUCUAGUAUGGAAUAAUCAUUCCAAGCUAAUUAUAAUCAGUUUAAAGUUGGUCAAUCAGAAUACUUCUACAACACUUACAAAUAUUCAUUUUGAUUUAAUGAAUACAGUUAUGGGAAGAUUACUAGUUGAUGCUAAACGAAUUCAAGCUUUCGAACCGAUAGUUGAAUUGAAGCCUCAAUCCACAUGUAUAGUUGAAUUUGGUGUAGAUUUUGCAGGAUUCUGUGAUUCAAUUGAUUUAGACUUAGUCUAUGAAAUGGUAUCGAAUUCAUUGAAUUUUGAACAAAUAAAAAAAUGGCCGAUUUGUUUAACUCCACCACCUACAGAAUUAAUACGACCUAUUGAUAUGAAUAAAAAAGAUUAUUUUAUACAACGAGAUAAACUUAUUUCAAGUGGAUCAUUCCAUCAUCAUCAUCAUCAUCAUCAUCAUCAUCAUCAUUUCAAGGUGAAAGAUCAUCAGUCUACUGGUAAUGUUGUAAGCUCAAUAGACUAUUCAUCUCAAUUAAUAAGUCAUCUUUUACAGUAUAUCAAUAUAAAAUAUCAAUUCAAUACAUUAUACCGUCAUUCUAAGUGUAUAUGUGAUCAUUUCGACUGUCAUAAUGAAAACUUGGAGUUAUCUCAGUCGACUGCAUCCAUCGAUUUGGAUACUUCAUAUCUGAGUAUAUUCUUAGCUGGUCAAACUGUAGCUGAUAAUCAAUUAUGCCUUAUUGAAUUUGCAUGGUCGCCUACAAUCCUCCUGAAUAAUAAUAAUAAUAAUAAUACUAAUAUGGAGAUUAUUUCAAGUAUAUUUUGUAAUUCUACUAGUAUAUUUCGUAAGCAUUUAUCCUCUUCAAUUGAAAAGAUAAUCUUAUCAUGGUAA